AUUUGAGGAAAUCAAGCAAUAAACCCGAUUUAAAAAUGAUGUCCAUUUGCAAUACCCAAAAAAUGCAGCAGCACAGCAACAAACAGGGCGAUACUGUGACGGAAAAGAAAACCUCAACGAGCUAUUUUGGUACUGGCAACCUAAACUUCUGGCAAACCGGCAAGAACACAAGCGGAUCAGGAUCUUCAAGUAUGCAAAAUGCUCUUAGUUCCUACAACAACAACUCUUCUUCUCAGAACCAAAACAACAAACAAGCUAGCAGCAGCAGCAGUGUCAAUAUGAAUAAGUCCAUCUCCAACAGCCUUAAAACCGCUAAUGAUAAAGCCAAGAGUGCUGUGAAGACCAACAUCUCAGACGCGCUCGCCAAGUACGGAGCAGGACACUAAACCACCCCCUACCGAGAUGAUGACCUCUAAAUGAUCUAAAUCCUGGUGUUUGGGACACCACCUAGCUUGCUUGGGCCCGGUCUCAGCCACGUG